AUGCCACCACGGUGGAGGCAUGACCUCAUCGCCUCAGGGGGCCUGCUUCCGGCUGAGUCAGUGUGGGGGGCCCAAGGCUGCGUCAGCUGUGAGGGUGACAUAUGGGACCGGGAGAGCUGCGGGGGCCAGGCGGCCAUCGAGAGCCCCAACCUCUGCCUGCGCCUCCGGUGCUGCUACCGUGAUGGGGUCUGCUACCACCAGCGUCCAGACGAAAACAUGCGGAGGAAGCACAUGUGGGCGCUGGGCUGGGCGUGCGGCGGCCUCCUUCUCCUUCCAAGGUCUCCUUGUUACUUCUGGUGGGCCAAGCGCCGGGACGUGCUGCACAUGCCUGGUUUCCUGGCGGGUCAGUGCGACCUGUCCAAGUCAGUCUCGCUGCUCUCCAAGCACCGAGGGACCAAGAAGACGCCGUCUGCGGGCAGCGCGCCGGUCACCCUGUCCAAAGAGUCCAAGGAUGCGGAGGGGGCCACCGAGGGGGAAGGGACAGAAGAGGGUGAGGAGACGGAGGGCGAGGAAGACGAGGAUUAG